AUGAGGACAGGGGGCCCUGCUGCAAUCCUGCAUGACGCCAGGCAGAAACUGAGGCGGACGGAUCUGCUUCCUCGGGCAAAGGUCACGUCGGCCCUGCAGCUCAAGCUCCGGCGGCUGCAGUCCAGCAGCCUCUUAGCCUGUCAGAGGCCCUGGGAUGAGAAGGAGACGUUGCUGCUGCACGCCAUGCGCCCUCCGGGGGAUUCCUCUGGCCCCAGGCCGCUCCCCGGGACCUCCGCUUCGACUUUCUCCCCCACGCCCUCUUCCCUCCACCCAGCCUCCCUGGAUUCUGCCCCACAAGGAUGUCUCUUUGGGCAGCGGAAGCCGUUCCCUGACAUGCUGGUGUGCGGCGGCCUUCUCUCCAGGUCUCUCUCUGGCCUCCACAUCCUGGAGCAGCCCCUGGGUGGAUCCCAGCUCCACAGAACUGCCUGGAAAGAGUGGGCCACCCUCUCCCCCAAACUGCCCGCCUGCCUCCUUUGGAGUCAAAGGAGAGCCCUGACGGCCUCGGCACAGCUGCUGGAGUUUUUGGACUACAAGUCCCAUCAGAGCCAAAGGUAUGAUAUGUGUCUCUGUCCAGCACAAGAGACCAUGCUCGGGUUCUCGCUGGGGGUUGCUCGGAGCGUCCGGCAGACGAGAGCCGGGCAGCGAAGUGGGGAAGGGCAGGAGCCCGCUGCCGCCUCCGCUGCCGCCUUCAAGGUGCCACAGGUCUCUUUGCCGUUUGACCAAGGGCUGCUGCCUGGCCGGCUGAAGUUGGACCCCAGCUUGGCCAACAUCCCACUCACCCCCGAGACCCAAAGGGACCAGGAGCGGCGGAUACGCAGGGAGAUCGCCAACAGCAAUGAGCGUCGGCGCAUGCAGAGCAUCAACGCCGGCUUCCAGUCCUUGAAAACGCUCAUCCCGCAUACAGACGGCGAGAAGCUCAGCAAGGCAGCGAUCCUUCAGCAGACGGCCGAGUACAUCUUCUCCUUGGAGCAGGAGAAGACGCGGCUGCUGCAGCAGAACGCCCAGCUCAAGCGGUUCAUCCAGGAAUUCAGCGGCUCCUCUCCCAAGCGGCGGAGGGCGGAGGACAAAGACGAGGGCAUCGGCUCGCCGGACAUCUGGGAGGACGAGAAGGCCGAGGACCUGCGCCGGGAGAUGAUCGAGCUCCGGCAGCAGCUGGACAAGGAGCGCUCGGUCCGCAUGAUGCUGGAGGAGCAGGUGCGCUCGCUGGAGGCCCACAUGUACCCGGAGAAGCUGAAAGUGAUCGCUCAGCAGGUGCAGCUGCAACAACAGCAGGAACAGGUGAGGCUGCUGCACCGGGAGAAGCAGAGCCACGCCCAGCUCUUGCCCAUGCAUGGCCCCCCCGCGCCCACCCACCACCCGACUGUGAUCGUGCCUGCGCCCCCGCCUUCGCACCACGUCACGGUGGUGACCAUGGGCCCCUCCUCUGUGAUCAACACUAUCUCCACGUCCAGGCAGAAUCUGGACACAAUCGUUCAGGCAAUCCAGCACAUUGAGGGGACGCAGGACAAGCAGCUGCUGGAGGACGAGGAGCAGCGCCGGCGGGCUGUGAUCGUGACCCCCGCCCGGGCCGGCCUGGACCCGUCGAACUCGGACACGGCCUCCGACUCGGAGGGGGAAGACAGCGAGGCCGCCAUGGAGCACAGCAAGGCCGAGAUGCCCUGACCCCUGCCUGGCAGCAGGGGGGGGCUGGGGUGUGGGCGGUGGCAGCGAGGCAUGGGGGGGGCAAGGGGACUCGGAAGAAAGAUUUGGAAAAUUUUUACAAAAUAGCAGGAGAUUUGGGUCUCUUUUGUGACCUUCCAAUACUGUAAACGGGGGGGGCGUUCGAAUCCAAACGAGCCGAGGGCGCCCUUUCGCUGUGUCUGCCUCUCCCUCUCCCUCUCUUUCUUCAGUUCAAAGUUGAGCCAGGGGUUAGGGGUGGAAAAUGGGGGCAUGGUGCGGUUUAGGGGGCCUGUCGCGUCUGGCCCCGGGGG